GGCGACAUCAAUCUCGGCGCUUUCCUCGCCAUAACGGAAUACGCCCAGCAAGGGCUGUGCGGGCAGCGGAUUCGUUUUCCCCUCCUUCAGCAAUACGUCGAGGCUCUGGUGUACGCCUUUGAUGAGGUCAACAACAAUGCGGAGAUUCUACCAAAUAUAAAACUCGGCUAUGCCAUACUCGACGACUGCGUCAAAGAAAGCACGGCGGUGGCCCAGGCUUUGCGGUUCUUGCCACGGAAGCCCAACCCGGAGUGUGGUGACAUGUGUGCAGAGGAUGAGGGCCAGAACCAUGAGCAUUAUGACGUGGUCGGGGUCAUCGGGCCCCAGAGGAGUGAAAACAGCAUCGCCGUCUCGUACGUUCUGGGACCUGUCAAAAUCCCACAGGUCAGCUUCUUCUCAACGAGCGACGAGCUCUCCAACAAAGAGCUACAUUCGAAUUUCCUAAGAGUCAUCCCCCCUGAUAAAUACCAGGUCAAGGCCAUCAUGUCGUUCGUCCUGAGUCAGGGCUGGACCUACAUAAGCGUGCUCUACUCCUCUGGGAGCUACGGCGAGUUCGCCUACAACAACAUGAAAACGAUGGCGGCCAAGGAAGGCGUCUGCAUCGCCACGCAGCGGAAGACGACGCUGCGCAUGACGCGGAACGAGUACGUGGAGAUCUUGACCGACCUGAUGAGGUACCCGCGGGCCAAGGUCAUCAUCGCGUUCCUGGGCGGGGACGAGAUGGUCGGCCUGUUCGAGGCCGUCUACACCCUCAACAUUUCGAGGAUGUUCAUCUGGAUCGGGAGCGACGGCUGGUCGGAGCGCCUCACCAUGCUCUCGUCGGACUUCAAAUCCGUGCUGUACGGGUCGUUCACCUCCAUCAUCGAUGCACCGCCCGUGCCGAAGUUCAACGUCCACUUCACGACCAUCAAACCGUCCAACACGAGAAACCCGUGGUUCGUGGAGUUCUGGGAGCGCAUGUUCACCUGCUCGUUCGCGAAUAAGACGUGCGACGAGACGAGGAACAUCACCGAGAGUCCGAACUUUCACCCGCUGAGCAUGAUCAGCAAGGUGAUGGACACGGUGUACACGUACGCGCAUGCCCUCCAGAACCUGCUGGCGGACGUGUGCCCGGGGGUGUCGGGAAGACAGGCCCGCGACUGCGUCAAGGGGGAGCAGCUACUGACAUACUUAAAGAAUGUAUCUUUUCAAGGUGAGACUUCGUUUCUGUUGUUUUUGAGUUAA